GAUAGUUUGAGGUUAGUACUUCUUCGAUUCUUGUCGUGGCCGCCUCUUCCUAUUCCUACUUAACAGUGUCGUCCGAAGCAUUCGUACUAGUGAAUACUUAUUUUGUUGCCCUGCUCUGUAGACGUGCUUGUUCAUCAUUAUCGUACAUUUUUUGCAUUAUACCCAACAAGUAACCCUAUUGCGAGUACACGAAGAUGACGGGUCGUGCUCUCGCUCGUUUGGCCGCCUCUGGCGAAACUAAGAAGUACCAACCUGCAGUCGACGACGAUGCCAUUCUUGACGCUGGUCAAGAUUUCGACUCUGAUUCGGACGACGAGAGCCCUUCGUCUGCGGACGUCGUGCUUCCACAUCUCACGCUGGGGGAUAUUCUGUGCAAGAAGAUCUUUUCUUGGGGACGCCUUUUCUGCGUAAGGCUGCUAGUAAUUCAGUUCAUCCCGUGCAGUGAAUGUCUAAUUUGACCUUUCAUACUUAUAUUCAUCUUGGAAAGCAUCCUUGACGUCUGUCCCCCUUAAAAAAGGGGCCAAAGAUGCCUCCCAAAAUGAAUUACUGUAAGCCUUAAUCUAAACAAUAUGAACAAGUAAUUGCCUGAGAUAUCCUUGAUCUUGAAGGAUCCGCUGAAAGAGGGUACGGGACCAUGACAGGUAGGCAUCGCUCUAAUGUGCGUACUGGGGAUCGCGGCAGGUCUCUGUCUGGUAGCACCACGACCCGUCGAGCCCUCCAAUCACAAUUACAUUGCGUAUAACGACAACGUGCCGCAAGCGGGAGACGCAUACGCUAAAAAAGUAAAUAAUGAUAUGGGCAUAAUAAUAACUAUACUAAGUAUAAUGAUUUGGAUUUGGUCUAUACAAACCUUUGAAUUCCCUUUCAUGCUCUAUUCUGUGUUCUUGCAACUUAGAUAUUUCUUUUGUAGCAAUACAUACGGAAGGCUAGUACAGACGAAUCUACAUGCACCGAAUUUUUUACUUGAAAACUCACGGCAGAUGAUUGCAGCCUCAGUUAAGGAGGCGUCAGCGUCAUCUCUCAACAUCAUCUCCAUCAAUCGACAAGGUGUGUGCUCGUUUGACUGGUCUGUCGGACAGCGAGCUCGAAGGGCUACGACAGAGAUACGCUGCAUUCCAUAAAAAUGUCGACCCAAAUACCGUUCGUGGCAAAACACUCGAGGAAUUGAAAGCUGAGUGUGUGGCCGUCAUUAACGCUCAUCACUCACUAACCGCAACCGAACAAAAGGAGAAUGCUGACGCAAUGGUCGCGCAAGUGGUACUUCUACUUAAGACGUACUUACUCGAAAAGGCACUCUUACUCUUUUGUUGCUGGUGCGCUUUUGGGACAUGUAUUUUACCAUCCUACUCAAUAAACAGAUGAAAAUCUUCGAACUACCUAUGUAUACUAUAUAUCCACAUGAUAUUAGCGCGCUAUCUACGGGCCGACUGACAAUUCGUUCGUGUGGGUCUUUGGUCUGAUCGCGCUAUUGAUCGUUCUAUCCGUUGAAGGCAAGCCCUCCGAAGCUCUUUUGAUUUUUUUAAGUCUAGCGUUUCGUGAGCUUGGGAUAAUCAAAACCAACGACGUUUUUUCUGGUCUCGGGAAGCAGGCGCCGAUACUGUUCGGGAGUCUCUUCGUCAUCUCCGCUGCGUUCAACGAGACCCGUGUGCUAGAACGGUAUUCACAGGCCUCGUAUGUUUAUGAAACGAAGAUCUGGUGCAGGUACACGUGCAGAUCCACCUAGUAUAACCGCAAAAGUAGUCAAUCACGAUCUUCAACGUCCAACAUCAAUUUGGUGUUUGUUGUAGUCUCUGAUUGACGAAGAACCGAAAAAACUUUUCAAAUGCUUAAUCAUAAUCAAUACCAGGUUGCUGUCUCCUAUUGUCGGUGCACCGACGACCUACUGGGGUUUGAUUUUUCGCUUGAUGCUUCCAGUGAUGGUUCUAUCGGGUGUAUGCGCCAAUGGCCCGGUGUGCUCAAUGGCUAUGCCGCUCUGUGUUGUCGCCUGCGAGCAAGUAGGGUUUAAUCCCAAAAACUUCUUUCUUCCACUCGCCUAUGCGACCUCCCUGGGAGGCCUUUUGACGCUGAUCGGAUCGCCCCCAAAUUUGACUGUGAUGUCUUUCCUGAACUCCGACGAAGGCGGAAUCAAUUCCGAAAAGUGUUGCAAGACAAUGUUAUGACAAUGACUAUCUUGAUACAACAACAACUUCUUAAUAUGUAUCUCUUUGCUUUUCUCGGCCUUGCUUAUCUUUGGACUAGUUCCCAAACGAGAGCUUCGUGUGAGUGCAGCGUCCGUGGUUCUCUCCUCCCUUCCUCAACAUGCCCCUCAAGUACGAAGAUCAAUUACAUUCAUCAAGGACUACUCUGAAGCACGACUUUCAAUGCAUGCAUUUCUUGUGCAGCUGCAGUUGCAGAAGUCGAGGCUUUUAAAGUCUGAUCCUCUCACUUUCCCCUUUCCUCAUGCCCAUCAUGCCUCGUCAGUUUUUCCAUUCUAAUUUGAAUGAAGAUCAAGGGCAUCCCCUUGAGCAGAUAUACCGAACGGGAAUUCGGUAAGGAUAGUGAUUUUGGGAAGGCCUACUGUACCUUUUCGAUCUUCGACCCUGGUUUCCUCAUCACUGGUGCUGCCAACUGCAUCGUUGGUGCGCUUUUCCUCUGGAUAUCAAUGUACAUGCUGAGUGGAAAGUUUCCGAGCAAACAACAAAUUGCGGAACAGGCAGCCAAGGAGGCUGCGGUAAAGGACGACUCUGAAGUUACGCGAAAGUUUAGUUGUACUUACUUCUCAUCAAAUAUCCACCAUCGUUGGUUUGUUCUUCACAUUCUACUUCUACUACUACUAGUAUGGAAAGAAAUAUUUCUUGUUCCAUUUCGUUUUCGUUAUAUCAGCUUCAGCACUUGCACUUCCAGACAAGAAAGCGUCGUAAUUUUAAAUUUAGUGCUGUAAGCUAAUGCCUCAUACGUACCAAUUGAAAUUAUUGUUCUUACGACAAGAAGUACAACUUCAAUCAUUUUCUUUUUCAUUUUUGGGAACACGGAAAAGGACCCGCUCGUGGUCCAGGCGGCGAUCGAUGCCGUAGACGGAGCGGCGAGUAAGAAGCCGACGAUGACGCCUGGCUAUCUCUGUGAUUUCGUGGUGCGCGACUUCUGCCACGUUUUGUUGGGAAAACAGUUCGCGUCGACUCCUUUGGGUACAACUGCAGGUGUCACCCUGAUAGCCACGUGGAAGUCACGCAAAGAGUAUCGCGCAGCAAAGUCGGCCGAGGCUGGUAGUUUGGACGGGGCAGCGCUGACACUGAAAAGCAGCGAAACUGCUGGAGCGAUGGGCGCAGGAACAGACACUGUUGUAGGGAUUCCCUGCAGCCCCGACGUCGCAGAGGGAGAGGAAGACACUUUUCAGGCAGGUAAGACCCAAAAUUGCAAAAGUCAAGAUGGAGCCAUCGUUAACAUGCUACUUUGAUUUAGUUUUCGCUCGUUGAUAUUCAUAAUUUCAUAUAUCAUUGAAGCGUUGAACCCGAAAUCGAGGAGGUCAAUCACAAACACCUGAUCGUAAUAAUUCAAGCUUGAUAGCCUUGAUCUUGAUGAUUUUGAUUUCCCAUUCCUUUCAGGAUCAAUCGUUCGCGUCUCGUUUAAGUCAGCAGAUAACAUUGCGAAAGUGCGGCGGUCGUGUGAAGGUCUCGAGCCUGCGUCCAAAUUCGCCACAGCAAUGGGCCGCAAGCGUUAUAAGCGCUUGCUUUUCGAGCUUUGCUACGACGCAGAGGCAGUCAAGGAAGACUACAGAGGCAGCGUGAAAUUUGUCACGGACGAAGCCUUGUUUUCCGAUCUCCAAUGUGUAAAAGUUGGCUACAAUGAAGCGAAGAACGUUGUCCUGGUAGAGGGCUUUAUGGGAAAAAUGGAAAAAGCCGCUGCAACGCAAAAAUCCAUUAUUAUGGUGAAGCAGCUUGCAGGGACGAAGCCACCGAGAUCGGUAUUUCUUCAACCUAAAGGACAAAAAAUAAAUGUGGAAGUCGAAGUGCAUGUUUGACCUUAUCAAAAACUGGCUGAUGCACCUAAGUACUUAGCCGACAUGAUCCACCCGAAGAAACUCGAGGCAGUGAUUUCCUGCUUCAACUUUUGUAAAUCCACUAUCUGUGUAUUUUAGCCUUAAUGUUACUGUUAGCAACACGCAUACCAGGUCACUCGACUCGAUCAAUUUCGCGGCUAUUUCGUUUUUAUUCUCUUUAUCUUGGCCGUUGUCGGGGCAGCAAUUUCGGAUGUGACAUUAAGGGUUUCUAUAUUGCAUUCCUAACGAACGCACCUGCCUUUUUUCUAGUGGAAGACAGGUCAGGGAUGUUCUGAGGAAUGCAAUAGCGACGCCGCUAAUCACAGUCGGAGAGGAAAACGCAAAAUGGAAGCCGUUUGAGCGAUUUAAAGACAUCCACACUUACUUCAGCAUCAUCGCCAUCGUGAUUGUUGUCACGCACAUUCUAACAUGGAAAAAUGCAGUCGGAACAAUGAGCCCCGCAGUCUUGUUCUUAUGAAACUCUCACACCUUCUCCUCCUCCUCCUCCUCCUGAAGAAUGAUACUUGAGAUCAAGCUGAAAGCGCUUCAUGAUCUCCUUGGCACUAAAAACAAAAAGUAAACUAUGGAUACGCACUACGGCUACGGGCGUCGCGCUGCGCGCGCCGCUGGGUGCUAUUUCUGCAGGGAGAGAGGGACGGAAGGGAAGGUGACCGGACAAGAAGGAAAGGGCAAGGAAGGGGAGGAGAGAGAAGGAGGGGAGGGGAAAGGGGAGGGAGGGGAGGAGAAGAAGGGAGGAGGGGGUGGUGCCGGCGGGAGAGGAGAGGGAAUUACCGCUCGAAAAAUGUCAGAGCGAAAGGAGAGGACAGACAGGGCAGAGAGUUGAAGCGAAGAGUCGCGCUCAAAGUCACUCGCGCACGCGCCUCUGGUUCGGUGAGGGAGCGGCGCGCGACCUCUAGGCGCCCUUCAGGCGAGAGACCCGGAGUGCCCUCAAUGCGAGACACCAAGCGGCGGCGUGUCACUUCCUUGACGCGGCGGCCCAGCUCCUCCCUGCGCCUUUUGCGCGCGGGCCCCCUCGCCUGCAGAAACGCUGCCCGCGCCACAGCGGAACCCUCUGCGGAACGAGCUGCAGAACCGCCUACAGAACGCGCCUCGGAACAGCCAGGAGCACCCUGGAGCAGCGCAGGAGGCCCGCCACACCGAGACACGCAAGAAGCAGCCGCGGAACAGCUCCGGAAGAACACCUCCAGAGCGUCUUGCGCUGAGCCUUGCCUGCGCACGCGCGAGCCCUUCAGGAACUCCAUGUGGAAAAGCUGCCGGACAGCAGCGGAACAGCUAGGAGGCGCACAGGGGGCUGCAGGAGGCACCCCCUUGACGCGGCCCCGCCGCCUCAACCAGAAAGUGCGCCGGAACUAAUUACUUAAUUAUAUAUACAUGAGCAGGGACGACUAUGACAACCACCAGCGCAUAGACUCAAGGACGGGAGACAAAUUUAGCAUAUAUUGAUAGAUGAGCGUUGGUUCCUGAUGAAUGAUUUCGGAAGUUGGCCUUGGUGAGCUAGCACCCAUAAGCAAGGCCAACUUCUACGCCGUUCUGAUCUCAUUGCGAGCACCUACCUCUCUCCUCUUCUCCGGUAGGACCUUAUGUGGCUGAAGUCAGGAACUCUUACUACGAGCGCUCUAAUUAUAAUAAAUUAACUAAACCUGGCAUAAGUCACUUAGUUAUGAAGCUACUCUUAGAAAUUAGUUGACACUUUUACCUUCUUAGACUAUACGCCAACGUCAUACCGUUACACCUCCAAUCAAAAUAUAGGACAACUCCACACACACACACUAUGAAAUGUCGUCCAGACGCAUGCUGCAGCCUUGUCUUGUAUUCGGCCCUGUUUCGUCUCAUGUGGAACUUUUUUGACUAUCUAAGGUUUACCCGCUUAUAGUGAAUAGAGUAGUCCGCUUUUCGAGUUGCGGGUUGCUCGAGUUCUCUCGAGUUGCCACGAGUUGCCGAAACGCACAGGCCCAAUCCGGAACUAGUUACUAACGAGUUCCUCUGGGCAGCUUGCCACUUUGAAAACGCGGCACACCGCGGCGGUAUGGCGGGCCAAGAUGCCGCGGAGUUCAGAAGAAAGGCGCGGCUUGUUGUCUCUUGGGCUUGGCAGGUCUGCCGUCUGUAUUGAAGAGACACGCUCCGGCUGAGCUCUUCGAUGCUUGAGCUUCGCGAAAGUAACAAGGCGGAGCUCGGGGCCUUUUUUGUUUGAGGGGCGCGGGCCCGUGCCUUGCGAAGUGCAGCGCCCUCUUCGUUGUGUCGGUGUCUCUGGAUAGUCGUGCGCUGAUGUCGGUCGCGAUCUGGCUCCGUUGGUUUACUUUUUUGCUGAUGAGUGGCCAGCUUGUUCGACUCCUUGGGGCCCGAGAUUCGGGAGUAUAUGAGGGCGCCCGGCUUGUUUUUUGAACGAGGCCCCCUGCAGCAGCCAGCCUCACGCCCUGGCGCCCAUUUGUUUGCGCUGUAGUGGACUCACUGGGCAGCGCGCCGCCUAGUGAGUAGCUAGCAUCACAGGCAAGGCCCUCUUGAGUGGAUGCAUCUGAAUGGAGUGGCUCUACUUGUGUGCUUGUUUUAUAGGGCAGCAGCAGCUUUACUAGGUACGCGCGCCAACUUAGUAACACAAAACUACGAGAGCAGGGGCCCCGGGUGGCGCUGCUCCUGUCUGCCCCGCGCAUGCAGCGCCUCGCAGAGUGAGAAGGGACGCGAAUGGAGGCGCUCGCUUUUGGAGGUGGUUCGCGCUCCUGGGUAACGUAUUUGACGCAUCGAAGACAGUGCGCCCGAAGGGCGCAGCGCCACCUUUUUUGUAUGGAACUCGUUCAACUCGAGCAACUCGGCCCGAUAUCGGGCGAAGAAAGUCUAAUGCUAAUAUCUAUAUAUAUAUACAUAUCCUGAUAAGUGUAAACUUGUAUAAAUUGUGCUGGCCUCCUUGAUCGAUGUUAGGUGAAUUAUACUUCUGGCACACACAGAAGAUGACGGACCUACUAGCACUACACCUGGGUUCCCGAUCACCAGCAUCUACACAACAAAUGAACCUUUAUAUCCGAAGCCUCCAACAUCGAAAGAGCAACAUGUUGGUGAACGAUGUUGAUGAGGAGUAGGAGUACUUACCUGCUAGAACCAAGAACGACCAUGCAGAUGCAGCUAGUACUUACUUAUUUUCUAAUCCUCACUUUCGCCUUCGCAGAAGGCACAGCGGUGGCCUUGCAAAAGAGUGGCGCAGUGAAGCUCAUAGCAGACGGUGUGGAGAGCGUCGGGGAAAGUUGGCUUGUCGUCAUGAUUCUCUUCUUCGUCGCGUUGUCGGUCAUCACACAAUUCAUCAACAAUAACACAACGGCGACGCUCUUCCAAGCGGCGGCCUUUCGUGUGGCCAUGGUAUCACUUCUUGAGCGAAACAUCUUGCAGCACCUUUGUUAAUAUCCCUUUAUCUUCUUGUCCUCGUUGUCGCAUAGAUAUAAACUCAAUGUGGGCAUGGGCACAUAGUACAUGUACAGCAUCGAGGAUAAAAGUACUAGAACUAGAACAAGAAGUAAGACUCAAUCUAACAGGAGAAACCAAAACUGAAUUGAGACCACUCAAUCUCAAAACCAAAAGCAAAAGAAUUGUUGACGAAUAAAAUGAAAAUCAGAGUAUGGGCAUUCCGCCGAAGCCGAUGCUCGCUCUAGUGGUUUUUGGUGCUUCCGCUUGUUUCUGCACUCCGUUUGGCACGUCUUGUAACAUGUAUGUGCAGGCUCCUGGCGGUUACACCUUCGCCGACUACUGCAAGAACGGAUGGAUGUUAAGGCCUCCCGUAAUCUGAUCCAUCUUCAAACGAGCCAUCCUUUCUACGAGAGAGGGUUUUCAUCAAGGGGAAAAAGCACCCUCCAGGAUGUACUAUCCUAAGAUGGAUGAAGAUUAGGGCGAGCUCUAAGGAUGCUGCAGAUAUCCUCGCUGAUUGCAUCCGUUGGUUGCUGUUGGGUCUGGGCAGAAAUGCUCCGCCAGCCAGACACCACAUUUCAUCAGCAGCCACAAAAUCAAAGGACGUGAACUUCAUAAGACAAUAGAAAGAUUGGGAUAUCAUUCGGAGACAAUUAUUAGAACUAGGAGAAGUUUUACCUGUCAUCGACGCGACAAAUAAAGAUGCUAGUCACAUGAUGAUGAUUCCAACCUGAAGAAACAUGGUGCGAGCGGUAAGGCGUUUCAGUAUAUCUUUAGGUAGGAGCGCCUGGUGAUUAUCUAUAUCAUACAACAAUUCAUGAUGUUGUAAUUCCAAUUCGGUGCACGUUUUUUAGAGAAUAAAAACACCAAAAAGCGAAAAGGGCCAGUUAGUCGGGUAGUAACUACUGAUUCGCUUUACCCUCCAGCAUCGAAAGGCUGAUAUACUAAGAGUAAGAGACAUGUUGAUCAACACGGGCACAAAGGAACAUUCGUAUUUUCACCUGCCCUUACAGUAUCGACAACAUGAAAGCUUACUUAAUGAUGAAUACUUCGUGCUUGAUCUCUCGUCAGACUAACUUGGUCUCAUUCCUGUCCCUGAUGCUUCAUACUCCUCGAAGUAAUUGGUUUGUCCUUGCGUGUAUAGUUUGGAAUUUUACCUUUUUUCAGUAGUAUGUAGCAUAAGCAUGGCCACACCCUCCGUCAAUAUGAAGAUUUACAUCACUUCAAUAUAGUGCAGUUGCGUCACAAGCAAUCCAUCGUCAUGCUAGUAAUCACGAUGCACACGAACGGGAACGCGCAGAUAAAGAUAACGAAAGCGGAGUUGCCCAUGCCGGUUCAAAAUUUAGUGAUUAAAAGCAGUGCUCUCGUCUACCUCAUACACCAUCGAAAGAUUCAACCAUGCAACACCAUUCUACAGCAUGUGUAUUCAUAGGUUAGUCUCAUGUUGACCUGGAAUGCAGCAUGGCUUCAUGUUCAUUCCCCUAGGUAGAGCGCGAAGACCUUAGUUCUUGUAUUUUCAAAAUCUACUGUCGUGAUAGAUUGCUUAUUGUCGCUUUAUCGGGUUUAUGCAUUGUAGUCUCACUUUUCUAGGCUUCAACCUCAACUCUCCUCAAAGUUGGCCACCUUGCUUCCUCAUAGAUUUAGGUUGGGUUUUAGGUAUCACCACCCCAUUCGCAUUCCUAGAAUUUUUCCUGCAGUUCUCUUUCUCAUCGUUUCUCCGACGCCCAUCCGUAUCCUUGAUUCACUAAUUGAUUAUAUAUAAUAUAAUUUUUCUCGCAUGCAGUCGCAUCUCCGAUUUUGCAACCCAUCACCUUGCUCGAGAACUACUUCAACACGAGCAUGACACACAUGAUGAAAAUAAUAGUGACGACGUGACUCAAUAAGCCAUGCGACUGUGAUGUCCCCAGGGAACUCGCCUGGAACUACGUCCGGAGUGGGCGGUUCUAGUUACACCAGAUACGAUCGGAUUCGCAAACAAACUGAUAAUUGGGUUGUCAUAUCACGUUUCGUAUGCAAGGUAUUGCCCCUUUUCUGCAUUGAUUCUUUCAGAACCAUAGGAGAGCGAAAUUUCUGUAAUUACUCGAAAAGAUAUACGCUGUAGUACAACUGGUAAUCAACAUACAGGGAGACCCAAACUGAAUGAAUGAAUGAAUCAACAACACAUAAUAUUCAUCAACAUUAGCAUUGACCUGCUUGCUUUUGCUUUUUCAAGCAAUAAGAAGAUACUAUUGGUAUUGAUCUAUGAUGGUGAUCGAUCAUUUGACGCAAAAAGAUCUUAUCUUCCUACAGGUUACUUAGGUCAAAAAAUCAAUCGAUCUUUUGGUUUUGGGAAAAGAAAACUACGAGACAGAUCCACCGAAAUCCCACUUCGGCUAAAAGCUCCUCUACUCCCAAAAAGCAAAUAUGAGAGCAGCAGUAUUAGGCCUCGUGGUAAGUAGUAUAAGUAAGACUAUCGAAAGAAAGACAAAGAGAGAACACUAAAACUAAGAACGCACCAUACAUGGGCGAAAGUAUUGUCGAGUCAAGAGUCACAUUGCGAUUGGGUUAAUCACCUUGCCUUCUAGAAGAAACAGGCGGAUGUGUAUGCAAUUCACAUGAGCAUGGG